CAAAAUAGACAAACGAACCGACCUAAGUUUUUAACACAAAAGUCACUGCGAGAAGCUUAGAUGCAUUGUUCCGAUGACGAGCAGACUUGAUCUUUCUGAAUGAGUAGUACAACAAGUGUCGCACUUUGCCUGAAUCACUUGAACUUUGGUGAUCAAGCAAGUUUUUUGUACAAGAACACCAAGAUCCCACUUUGGAAUCGUCUAAAACUUUCAAAUCGUACCUCAAUGUUGAGGACAUUGUCUCAUGCUCGGGACCGUCUUAGAUCCGUAACGACAUCAUCGCCCCUUGCUCGUAACCAUCUUAGGUCCAAAACGCCACCUUUGUCUCCUUUAUCUUCUCCAUUCUCUUCGAAACGGCAUGCGCCUAAGACGACGAGCGACGUAGAAGAAGACUCGCGUUCGAAAGAUUCCGUUUUGCUAUACCCUAAAGAUCCUUCAAGCGCGCCUAAGCUCUUUCUAGUCUAGCCUCGUCUAACGCCGCCUAAGUUUCUUCAGGCUAAGCUUAACGAAGCGCUCUGUCUCGCGAAUUCGCUUGAAGAACAGAGAUAUGGCUACUUUGAAUCUGAUUUCUUCGAAAAGGAAUUGCCUUCUCAUGUUGUUGUUCAAAACCCUGUUCGUAGAUCAUCUAAACCUCGCGCAGAUACUUAUUUCGGGCCUGGGACUGUAGACAACAUCAAAUGCCAUCUAAAUGCUGAAGAUUCUAAGGAAGAAGUUGAUGCUGUUUUUGUAAACGCCAUGUUGACAGCUAUUCAACAACGGAACUUAGAGCGAAUAUGGGCAAAGCCUGUACUAGACCGUGUAGGCCUUAUAAUCGAAAUAUUUAAUGCUCAUGCGCAUACAAAGGAAGCAAAACUACAGGCUGAGUUAGCAGCUCUGAUGUACAAAAAGAGCAGGCUGGUUCGAGUGCGUGGUACUGAUGGACGCCACUCUUUUGGGCAGUUUGGAGAAGCUGAAGUUGUCAGUGCCCGAGGGAGAGCAGCAAGUGGAACCGGCGGUGGUUUUGUAGGUGGUGCAGGAGAAACUGAGCUUCAGCUUCAACGCCGAAGGAUAGCAGACAGGAGGCUUCGCUUGUUAUCCCAUAUUAAAGAAGCCCAGCGAACACGACAAUUGCAACGUGCUAGACGUCAGAAAAGAGCGGGGCGAAAGUAUGAGAGUUCAGCUACCAUUGCUGUUGUUGGUUACACAAAUGCCGGAAAAUCGACUCUGACAAGUGCAUUGUCAAAGAGUGCUCUCUACUGCAAUGAGCGAUUGUUUGCCACAUUAGAUCCUUCACUCAGGAGUGUCUAUCUUCCUUCUGGAAAUUUGGUUCAUCUUAGUGACACUGUUGGAUUCAUAUCAGAUCUGCCUAUACAGCUGGUGGAAGCAUUUCAAUCGACUCUAGAAGAAGUUGUUGAAGCUGAAAUACUUAUACAUCUGGUCGAUUCGACAGCUCCAAAUAUCGAGGAGCAUCGUGCAACAGUGUUCCAUGUCCUUAAACAAAUAGGAGUAUCUGAAGAGAAGCUUCAAAAUAUGAUUGAAGUCUGGAAUAAGGUAGGAUUGAAAUAA